AAGAUGGAGAUGGCGUUAUGCAACAUCAAGAAUCCCAACGAGUUAUGGUCUUUGGAGUCAUGUGAUGAACUGGAGCAGUAUGGUAUUACAAUUAGUGUCUGCACUGACAUAUUUAGUACCACCAUAUUGUGGAUGGAAGCAGACAAUAACGACGGUGAUCCUUCAGUAUUUCUCAACCACUUCCUGGACACAGUGACUCGUAUUGGAGGUUGUCCACAGCGACUGAUGGUCACACCAAGUAGAGAAAAUGAACACAUCGCAACAACGCAAACUUUCCUGCGUAGGAAUCAUACAGACUGUUAUGCUGGGGAGGACAGUGUGAUGGGUGGAGUCAGCUUGAGAAGUCACAUGUGGAUACACACAUGUACGCCAUGGAAGAUCUGUUUUGCAGAUCUCAGAGAAUUAGGACAUUUCACAGGAAAAGAUUUGGACAAGAACCUCAUACAGUUCUGCUUCCUCCACAUCAUCCAGGAUCACCUGGAGGAGUUUGUUGGAAGAUUCAAUAAGAACAUAAGUGACCACAACAUACUCAGGUCACAAGAUGAUGGACCAGCAGAGGACAAACUCCAAGCUGUUCUCCCAGAGGAUAUUGAAGUCUGCAGGAGGAGGUGUACCCCAAGAGGGCGGUACCCCUGUGAUGAAACACUCUUCGAGUACUGGGAGCUCAUUAGGACUGAAAAUGGUUGGGAAGUUCCAGUGGACAGAUUUACAGCUCUAAAACUGUAUUUACAUUUAAGAAACGUGAUGGAAACAUGUAUUGAUGAGGAAGAACAGGUAACAUGUAUUGAUGAGGAAGAACAGGAAACAUGUAUUGAUGAGGAAGAACAGGAAACAUGUAUUGAUGAGGAAGAACAGGAAACAUGUAUUGAUGAGGAAGAACAGGAAACAUGUAUUGAUGAGGAAGAACAGGAAACAUGUAUUGAUGAGGAAGAACAGGAAACAUGUAUUGAUGAGGAAGAACAGGAAACAUGUAUUGAUGAGGAAGAACAGGAAACAUGUAUUGAUGAGGAAGAACAGGAAACAUGUAUUGAUGAGGAAGAACAGGAAACAUGUAUUGAUGAGGAAGAACAGGAAACAUGUAUUGAUGAGGAAGAACAGGAAACAUGUAUUGAUGAGGAAGAACAGGAAACAUGUAGUGAUGAGGAAGAACAGGUAACAGGUUUGUUACAAUAAGGAAGUUAACCCACAUGAAUGAUUUUAUCAAAUGAUCCAUCCAUUUUCUACAGCUUGUCCUUCUCAUGGUUGCCAAAUAUUAACAUUGCUAUAUGUAAACUUUACUAGUUCAUUAAAUGUGUGAAUAUAGAUUGUAAAACACUUUAUAGUUUUCAACUCUAAGUGAACACUUGAGUCAAAUUUCCAGGUCCCAUUUGCUUUUAUUUUGAAGUAACAUCCUGUUUCCUGGUGCAACUGGAAGCUGCUUUGCUGCUUUCUUGUUUUGUUCUGGUUUUGAUUUGUGGCACUGUGUUUUGACGCAUAAACGGUGCUUUUAUUUUGAAGUAACAUCCUGUUUCCUGGCGCAACUACAAGCUGCUUUGUUCUGGUUUUGAUUUAUGUGGCACUGUGUUUUGUCGCAAAAACCGUGCUUUUAUUUUGAAGUAACAUCCUGUUUCCUGGCGCAACUACAAGCUGCUUUGUUCUGGUUUUGAUUUAUGUGGUACUGUGUUUUGUCGCAAAAACCGUGCUUUUAUUUUGAAGUAGCAUCCUGUUUUCUGGCGCAACUACAAGCUGCUUUGCUGACCUAUUGUUUUGUUCUGGUUUUGAUAUGUGGCACUGUUUUGGCGCACAAUUUGUGCUUUUAUUUUGAAGUAACAUCCUGUUUUCCGGUUCAACUAAAAUCACUUUGUUGUUUUCAUUUGUGGCACUGUGUUUUGGCAAAUAAACUGUGGUUUUAUUUUGAAGUAACAUCUGUUUUCCGGCGUAACCGGAAGU